AUGGCUCCCGUGUACUCCCGCGAAACCGUACUGAAUGGCAGUCCACCGCAAGUUGCAAACGUUCCUCAGCAGGAGACUCCUUCGAAGUCGCAUGAAACGUUGACAGCCAAAUCAACAGAGGACGUUUUCCUCCAGGAGAAGGCUGAGUCAGACAGUGCUAAGCUGACGAGCCAAUUCUCGCGGGUGGCCGCUGAACUGAACGAAGUUCUUGAUGACAGAAAACCCUUAAGCGAUGCUGACGGUGCUGAAGAAAAAGCCACGUUUCAUCGCAGUCGGUCGGUGGACCUGGAACGAGAGAAACGUCGUCAGGAAAGAAGUGCCCGGAAACAAAUAAGUGCGCGACCAGAGCUAGGUUACGGCUACCUGCCAGUCCCAACCCUGCCGUCCGCGUCAUUGUCAGCGAACUACGGUUUAGCUGCCCCACCAUUGAACGUGGUUGGGUCUCGGUCUCGCCCGGUGCCUUUGUCUGACAUGUCCGUGUUGCCUCCUUAUCCUUUCAGCAGCUCGGUUACCAUUCCUCAGCAUGUCCUCAUUCCUCCUGCUGCUGGUCUCGGUCGAGACCAACAGCGCUUUCAGAUCAACUCUGAAAUUUCGAUAAGCUACAAUGACAGAUCAAGAUCUGCAUCGUCCCAAACAAACUACGGAACGAAUGCUAACCCUGUGACAUCUGUCCGACCAUUGACUUUGUCUCCUGCACCGCCGACGUCAAUCACCGGUUCCAGACAUCGUCUUCAGACCACGUCGUCUGGUAACGAAAGUGCCGAGUCAAAAACUAGUCAACCAACAGCACUAUGA